AUGCAGCUCUUGAACCUACCACGAGGUCCCGCCGCCAAAAUGAUUCAACUAAAGACGGUGCUGCAAUGCAUCGACAACUCAGGUGCUGCCAUGGUCGAAUGCGCCAUGGUUGUCGGCCAGAAGAAGCUCGCCCGCAUCGGUGACAGAAUCGUCGUCGUGGUUCAGAAGCACAGAGGUGCCAGCGAGGGUGGCAUGGCCGGCUCAUCAGCCGCCAACAAGGUCAAGCGCGGUGACAUGCGCCAUGCCGUCGUUGUCCGCACCAAGCAAAAGACUCUCCGCCCCGACGGUAGUGUAAUUCGGUUCGACGACAACGCCUGCGUUCUCAUCAACAAGGCCGGCGACCCCGUUGGCUCUCGCAUCAACGGCGUCGUUGGUGCUGAGCUGAGGAGGAAGAAGUGGAGCAAGAUCCUUUCCAUGGCGCCCAUGCACGCAUAA